UCCGGAAGCGUCGCCGCGCUGCUCUGGCCUGGAAGCCGGUGGUUUGGGGGUAAAGCGGGAGUCGCGGGGUCGCGAUGGCAGCGCUCAGGCGGCACGUGUUCGUGGAAAAAGUGCUGAAGAGGCUUUUCCCUAGUGCUCCCUGUGGCCAAGAGAAGAGGGCGCCAGUGACUGCAGCUUCUGAAAAACCGGCCCAGAGGGCGGCCACGGAGGAGCUCAGGGGCAGCCGUGCCCCCACCUUGACAGGUGGAGACCCCGAAGUCUUUCCUCAGAGGCGGCUCUACACUGUGAGUUUGCCUCCUGAGGGCUACGCCCCAGCUCCCCCAGAGCCGCAGGCCAGCCCGGCCUCCGACGACAGCUCAGGCAGCGAUGACCCAGGAGGAGAGUGCCACCUCUCAGCCACGCCCGGUCAGCCCUGCCGAGAGGCCAGCGUGGGCCGGGCCGUGGGAGGGACCCCAGCGCCAGAGGCUUGA